ACGUGAUAUGUGCAAGUACAUAAAUCCACAAGAUUAAGACAUUGUACAUCUUAACUCUGUUUUGAAAGAAUCUGAAAGAUUUUGAAGUUAUUAUCUUUGUUCUCUCCCAACAAGGACAUGGCGAACGGUGGAAGGAAAUUGCUUGUGGGUGGACGAAUUCGCAUGUGGUUUGGUACAGUACUCGCACUGGGUAUUGCAACAUUAUUACUGUACUUCAACAUAUACGAGGACCCCCACUGGAUCAGCCAACAGAGGAUGAAAAUGGAAUGGUUUCCGGCAAAAUCUCCCAAUGAUAUACCUUCAUUUCGAAAAAGGUGGAAUGAUUCGGCUGUAACUGAGAACCCGGCGUGGAAAAUGACUAAACCAUUUUUUCCGGUGCUAAAAACGACCAGACCACUUUUAUUACAAACAACCCGACGGUUUUCUUCAGUGCUAGAAACGACCAAGCCGUUUUCUCCGGAGUUACAAACGACCAAACCGUUUUCUCCGGUGUUAAAAAUGACCGAUCCAUUUUCUUCGGUGUUAAAAACGACCGAACCGUUUUCUGCUGAGGUUUAUUUGCAACAGCUCAAGUUUUCCUUGGCUUCUGAGUCAGGCAGGCAAUAUUCUGUUGGAGAUACGUUACAUAUUGUCAUCUCUGCCAAAGAUACAAGAAACAACAUUGUUACAAACAUUGGUGAUUUCUUUCGUGCGUCCAUUCUUACCCAAGUGAAAGGAAAGGCAGGUUCUGGUGCAGUCGGUAUCAUAACGGACCACCAGAACGGUACUUACACGGCGACGUUCCGACUGUUGUGGGAGGGGGAGGUCACCAUCAAAAUUCAAUUGGUCCACCCACGGCAAGCUAUCGAUGUCAUAGAAAGAACUAUUCGAAAAUAUCCUUUUGACCUAGUAAUGUUUCGAAAAUUUAAAAACAAGAUCGACACCGAGUGUAACGUAGACCCGGCCAUCUUCAAGAAGACCAGUGCAGUUUGUAACUACUCGGACCCGCAUGCAGGCGCCUGGUGGUAUUGUGAGAAAGCCGCCAACAUUUCUUGUAACACAUCAGGCUACUAUGAUGAACUUUGGCAAAGAGACGUGAAUGGUGGAAAACUGCAUGGCAGACACGGGGGCUAUAAAGCGCUGAAAAAGUCGAUUUUUGGAUCUCCAUCUCAACUUAAUGUUACAAAAGGGCCAGAUCCUUUGGCCAAUCGGAGCCGGUGUGUCCAGGGACUGACCACUCCACAGAUAUCUGGGUUCUAUCGGAACGGCGUGUGGAACUCUCUCGUCUGUAAGAACAGACAUUUCUCCAGCCAGGCCGGCUGGCAGCAAUGCCUGAAGGGGAAAACUUUGUAUUUAAUGGGCGACUCUACCAUACGGCAGUGGUGGGAACAUUUGGUCAGAAUAUUGGAAUUGAAAGAAACACUUAUUCCAGAGGCCAUACACAACACUGGACCAUUGCUUGCCCGAGACCCUGUUAAUAACAUAACGUUAAACCAUCGUACACAUGGACCGCCUCGUCGUUGUCAUUUCACUCGGACGUUUCACCUCAAAUACGUCGCUAACAUCAUCGAUGAAAUGGAUGGAGGACCGAACGAUGUUGUUUGUAUCACCAUGUGGGCACAUUUCACCUCGUACCCUGUGGAGGUCUACAGGAAAAGAAUGGAAGCCGUCCGUGCUGCAAUAGAACGUUUACUACACAGGAGUCCUGGAACUCUGGUGGUAAUCAAGUCCGCAAAUACGUGCAAUGGCAACAAUGAGCUGAUCAUUGGGGAUUGGCUGGCACACAAGCUGGACUUAAUAAUGAGAGAAAUGUUCCGCGGGAUGAACGUUGUUCUUGUAGAUGCUUGGGAAAUGACCAUUGCACAGCACUGGCAUGGAGAUAUCAUUCAUCCAGCGCAGGACAUCGUCGUACAAGAACUAGAGUUCCUUUGUUCCUUCAUUUGCCCCUUGUGA